UGUUGUCAUUGCUGAACACGUUCGGAAUUCGUGUCGUGUGCGGUUGCGGGAAGUCGGUUGUGUGAAUCAUUCCGGUCGUACUACGGAAAAUAAUCGCGUUUCUCCGUUCCCAGUGUCACAAAAAAUGGUCCAAAUCGAAGAAUCGAAAAUUUCCGACAUCGGCCGGGUGCUGAAUGACAAGAAUCGACCGCUGAAAGAGCGCUUCCGGGCGUUGUUUACUCUGAAAAACAUCGGCGGCCCGAAAGCGCUGGAAUCGAUCGAGUCCUGUUUCGAGGAUGAUUCGGCGCUGCUCAAGCACGAGCUGGCCUACUGUUUGGGCCAGAUGCAGGACCGGGCGGCCAUUCCCAUUCUGACGAAGGUGCUUGAGGACGUCAAGCAGGAACCGAUGGUGCGACAUGAGGCCGCGGAAGCCCUGGGAGCCAUUGGAGCAUCCGACGUCGAACAGAUCCUGGUCAAAUAUUCCAAGGAUCCCGUCGUCGAAGUGGCAGAAACCUGUGAAAUCGCACUUGGUCGGGUACGCUGGCUGCAGAACAAGGAGACCAAUCUAGUGGAUAACAAUCCAUACGCAUCCGUUGAUCCGACACCUCCAGCAGAGACAUCGAACGUGGCCGAACUGCAGAAAAUUCUGAUGGACGAUAAUGAGUCGCUGUUCAACCGAUACCGUGCCAUGUUCAGUUUGCGAAACCUGCGCACCGAAGAGUCUGUUCUGGCGCUGGCCACCGGAUUGAAGGGUAAAAGUGCCCUCUUCAGGCACGAGGUCGCUUUCGUGCUAGGACAAUUGCAGGAACCAUGCAGUAUUCCCUUCCUGGCCGAUAGCCUGAAAGAUGGUGCCGAGAACGAGAUGGUACGACACGAAUGUGCCGAAGCGUUGGGAGCGAUAGCCACCGACGAGUGUACCAAAAUUCUGAACGAAUACCUGAGGGAUGAGAAACGUGUCGUCAAGGAAAGCUGCGAGGUUGCGCUGGAUAUGUGUGAGUAUGAAAACAGUCCAGAAUUUCAGUAUGCAGACACGUUGGGUAAGGUGACGCAUUAGGACCUUUGUGAUAAAACAUGAUGAUUGUAAAUUCAA